AUGAAGGCCGGAUUAGUAGUUGGGUCGGUGACGACCAGCGAAUACCUGGUGUUGUAUGUCUUUUGGUUAUUUUUGGCGUUUUGGUGGAGAUGUGUUGGUGUAGGUGGGUUCUGGAUGCGUGGUGUUGAUGUGAUGUUGGUUUUGAGGAUUGGGGGAACGUCGGACGAGGGAGGACGAGAAAAAAAAUUGUUGUAG